GACGACGGGCGGGGCAGGGACGCGCGUUACCGGUAACUGCUCUUGCAGCUAGGACUGGGCUGUAUGAAAACUCCCAGAGGAAAUGCCAUCUGGGAUGGCUAAAGAUCUGGAGGAAACUGGCUCAUCCUCGGAGGAGGAAGAAGAUGCUAUAGAUGGACUGGAGGAUCAUCCAUGUAUCAAGUGGACUGGCGGUGGCUGCAGGCGGGUUCCUGUCUUGGUGUUUCAUGCUGAAGCCAUUCUGACUAAGGACAGCUACCUCCGUCUGAUUGGAGAGCGCUUCCACAUGUCCUAUAAGAUUGUGCGAACAGACAGCCGGCUGGUUCGGAACAUUCUGACUGCCCAUGGAUUCCAUGAGGUUCACCCUAAUAGCAGCGAUUAUAAUCUCAUGUGGACAGGAUCACACUUGAAGCCCUGCUUGCUGCGUACCCUUACAGAUGUUCAGAAAGUCAAUCAUUUCCCUAGGUCGUAUGAACUGACACGAAAGGACAGACUGUACAAGAAUGUCUGUCGAAUGCAGCUGGCCCAUGGGUUCAAGACAUUCCAUAUCUUACCUCAGACUUUCAUCCUCCCAACAGAGUACCAGGACUUCUGCAAUACCUAUUCUAAGGACAGAGGCCCCUGGAUAGUGAAGCCUGUGGCCUCUUCCAGAGGUCGAGGUGUCUACCUGGUAAAUAAUCCAAACCAAAUUGUAGUGGAAGACAACAUCUUGGUGUCUCGUUACAUCAGCAAUCCCUUGCUCAUAGAUGAUUUCAAGUUCGACGUGCGUCUCUAUGUUCUGGUUACAUCCUACGAUCCACUUGUUGUCUAUCUCUACGAGGAAGGAUUGGCCAGAUUUGCAACAGUGAGGUAUGACCAGGCAUCCAAGAACAUUAAAAACCAGUUCAUGCAUCUGACCAACUACAGUGUCAACAAGAAGAGUGGAGAUUAUGUCAGCUGUGAUGAUCCUGAAGUAGAGGAUUAUGGAAACAAGUGGAGCAUGAGUGCAAUGCUGAGGUACUUAAAACAAGAGGGGAGAGACACUGCAGCACUGAUGGCCAGCGUGGAGGACCUGAUUAUCAAGACUCUAGUUUCUGCUGAGCUGUCCAUUGCCUCAGCUUGUAAAAGUUUUCUUUCACAUCGUGGCAGCUGCUUUGAGCUGUAUGGUUUUGAUGUCCUUAUUGAUGACACCCUGAAACCCUGGCUGUUGGAAGUGAAUCUGUCCCCAUCACUGGCCUGUGAUGCUCCUUUGGACCUGAAGAUCAAAGCUAGCAUGCUCUCAGAUAUGUUCACUCUUGUAGGCUUUGUAUGCCGGGAUCCAGGCCAGCGGUCAAGCCGGGCCAUUUAUCAUUCAUCUGAAUCUGUCAGAAGAAAUCCCUACCAGAAGCUGCAGCGUUCUGUGUCUGCACAGUCACAAACAGCAAACAGCAGAUCACGUACCCGUCCUCUGUCUGCCAGUGAUGCUGAAGUUAAAAGCUCGGUGCCCUUAGGCAGGGAAAAAGCAACAGGAAGGCACAGCAGCUCUGUGCUAGGCCUCACCAUGGAGGAGAUCAAAGUUCUUCGGCGAGUGAAAGAGGAAUAUGAACGGAGAGGAGGCUUCAUCCGGAUAUUCCCUACCCCAUUAACAUGGGACCUUUAUGGAUCUUUUCUAGAGCACAAGACAACAAUGAACUAUAUGCUGGCUACACGUCUGUUUAAGGACAGGGGCAAGAUGAAAAGAGAAUUCAUCACUGGGAGAUCCCGAGCAGGUGUCAAUGGAAGGCCGGAUAUGACGAUGGAGGCUGUGGACUCUCAUGCUCUCUUCUAUGAGAGGAAACUCGUUUCGCUGGAGCUGCGGAACCGCCGGCGAUAUCAUGGCAAGGCUAGAGCAGCACAGACAAGAGCAUCAGACACAUCAGAACCAACAAAGCUGUCCCUUAAGUCAGACAUGGAAGGUGAGGAGGAAGUGGAGGUGGAUGAAGAUGAAAAUGAAGAGGUAGAUAGAAGUGUUUGCUCUCUUUCGGACACCCAGGUGAAAAACAAGCCAAAGCUCUCUGAGUCAGUGAAAACUCCUUCUAAGGAGACGUUACCAAAAAAAUGUGACAAGAAAACUGAAGAUGGAGAAGAGCUGUUUCUGCAAAAAUCAGACUCAGAAUCUCGGUUUAACUUGCUUCAGAUUCUUCAAAAGCAAGGAAACUUGAGCAAAGUACAAGCUCGUACAGCUUUCUCUGCCUAUCUACAGCAUGUUCAGUUCCGACUGAUGAAGGAGGCUGGCGAACAGAUCCAGAAUCCUGCCUGGGCUGCCAAAGAGAAUGAGCAAAUGGUAAGAAGCUUUGUGUUGGCCAGACUGAGAAGCCAAGUUGAAAUCUACCUUGAGAGUCUUGAGGAGCUCAUCAUCCGCUUUCUGAAGCGAGCAGCCAGCAACCUUCGUCAGUCCUUGAGGCUGCUGCUCCCCAGCCGUCAUUUAGGACUGACUGACCGUCGUCGUGUCCUGGCCCGCCAGCUGGGCGAGUUCAUACUCUGUUAUAAGAAGGAAACGGAGCAGAUGAUUCAGAAACAAUCAAAAAAGAAACAGGAAGAGGAGGAGGGAGUGAAUCCUAAAGAUUUUGAGGACUUCAUUGCCAGAGCAAGUGAAAGUGACCUGGAGGAAGUACUGACAUUUUACACACACAAAAACAAAUCAGCAAGUGUCUUCCUAGGAACAAAAUCCCCAAACACAAAAUACAGAAACAGCAGUCACCAGUCAGAGAAACAGCCCCAAGGUGAGCAUCCUGAGAUGUUGAAAAAAAUAAAAGGUGAUCAUCCCAAAAGUUCAGUUGCAGAUUUGUCUGCAGAAGGAGCACUAAAAGGCUGUAAACCCAAAGAAGCUAAACCAAGCUUUCCAGAAGGAUUCACCUUCUCCUUAAAUGCCGAAGUGAAAUUACCUCAGUGCAGCCCUCUUGGUGCUUCUUCCUCUGUUCCUGGUGCCACGUUCCAGAGAAGUACAUCCAGUUCUGGGAUGCCACCUCAGCCUGCAGCCUCGGAAAAUUCAAAGGUGGCUGGUCACCUUUCAUUGCCAGCUCCUCCAGCUGGUCCCAGACUGAUUCAGUCCUCACCGCCACUACCCUCCUUGCAGAGCACAGCUUCUGACAGUUCUUCUGUGCUCACAAGCCCAAUGUCCACUGAGACUUGUAGCCUAGCAGGGUUACAUCGUCGUUCUGUUACCUAUACUGUUAGCCCAUUCUCAUCUUUUCAGAGAGCUGCUCAGAUCUACAGCCAAAGAUUGUCCUCUGCAAAAGUAGGUCUCCAUCGCAGCUCAAGCGGGCAGUGUGUGGGCUCAGCCAGGAUGCACAAAGAUGCAGAGCACGCUUCUUCCCAGGGCAAACGUCACAGCCCCGCUGUGCUAACAGCAGAACUGCAGCAGCUGGCAGAAAAGCAAGCAGCCUGCCAGUAUUCCCCACCAAGCCAUGUCAGUCUACUUACACAGCAGUUAACAAGCCUGGACUUGGCAAGUGGAGCUAUAAGCAAGGGGAAUGCAGCUGCCCCACAGAGCCACUGGUCACCACUCAUCAAAAGAGGGUCGCUGUUGCCUGUUCAGUCAGACAUUCAUAGAGAUGACAAAAGACCUCUCUCUUCAGUGGUCAGGGCUCCAGAGAAUCAUCAUUUUGCUGUGGAAGGAGAGAUGGAGAACAGUCUCUACAAGGUGACACGGGGUCCUCUGGCACAUCCCAGCUAUCAACUCCAGUUUGCUGUGCAGCAACUUCAGCAGCAGAAACUUCAGUCAAGACAGCUGUUGGAACAAAAUCAAGCACGGCAACAGGCUGUUUUUGCCAACUACUCACAAUCCAGCACCAGUCAUAUAUCUUUGCCAGCUGGCUCUGAUGCCCACAAGACAUCAAGUGCCACUUCUAGUAUUCAGAAGGCAGCCAGUUUGCACAAAGUGAUGCCAUCCCAGAGUACAGCUCCUCAGUUGGUUCCAAAGCCUCCAAGAAACCACAGACAGGCAGUGAUCAGAAAGGCUGCAGCCCAGAGGAUUUCCAAGGUCACCUCCACUGAAAAGCAACUGAAUGGAUUCCAGAGCCUUCACAGUUCUGCAUCCUGUGAGCCAGAGACGUAUUCCACAGCUUCUGCUCACAGAGAAGGAUUAACACAGAACGCCAGGUGAGGAAUCCCAAGAGUUGUUUCAAGUGUGGGACAAAAGAAGAAGCAGCAGCAGUGGCUUCACACCAUCACAUUCUCAUAUCAGCCAAAAAAGAGAGAAAAAAGAGAGAAAAAAGAGAGAA